AUGGAACGUCUAAUAUCUGGUAUUAUGGGUCUUCCAACAAUGCUACAAGUCAAGGACAUCAGCGUUUCGCUACCACAGAAGCGACAAGAUCUAGAUGGCGAUGACUGUCAGGCUGUCGAUCGCCUAAUUGCAGUAACUAAGCUGACCAUGGGGAUGGAUGAGAUUGUUAAUGAAGUACAUAUCACAUUAGCUGACAAGCUCCAGGCCCAUUGA